CGUCGGGUGUGGGCGGGCCGACGCAGGCGCAGUGUGGCGGGCAGGACUGGGCGCGGGAACCUGCGCGGUGAGCCGACGCCGAGUGGUACUCUCCAAGCCGACUUGGUUUCUGUUGUGGGCGCUUUGGAACUUUGGUAGGUGAAGGUGAAGGAAAAGAUGCCUGCCACACAAAAGCCGAUAAGAUAUGGGCAUACAGAGGGACACACAGAUGUCUGCUUUGAUGAAUCUGGAAGUUGUAUUGUGACUUGUGGAAGUGAUGGUGAUGUGAGGAUUUGGGAAGAUUUAGAUGAUGAUGAUCCUAAGUCCAUUAAUGUUGGAGAAAAGGCAUAUUCAUGUGCUUUGAAGAAUGGAAAAUUGGUCACUGCCGUAUCCAACAACACUAUUCAAGUUCACACAUUUCCUGAUGGAGUUCCAGAUGGCAUACUGACUCGCUUCACCACAAAUGCAAACCAUGUGAUCUUUAAUGAGGAUGGUACAAAAAUUGCUGCUGGAUCCAGUGAUUUUCUAGUUAAAGUUGUAGAUGUGAUGAAUUGCAGCCAACAAAAAACAUUUCGAGGACAUGAUGCACCUGUUCUAAGUCUUUCCUUUGAUCCCAAGGACAUCUUUCUGGCUUCAGCUAGUUGUGAUGGAUCUGUCCGAGUGUGGCAAAUUUCCCAUCAGACAUGUUCUAUUAGUUGGCCACUGUUGCAAAAGUGCAAUGAUGUGAUAAAUGCAAAGUCAAUUUGCAGGCUUGCUUGGCAGCCAAGAAGUGGGAAGUUACUGGCAAUUCCUGUGGAAAAAUCUGUUAAGUUAUAUAGAAGAGAAACUUGGAGUAAUCAGUUUGAUCUUUCAGAUAAUUUCAUUUCUCAGGCCCUGAAUGUAGUAACCUGGUCUCCUUGUGGGCAAUAUUUAGCUGCAGGAAGUAUUAAUGGUUUAAUUAUGGUUUGGAAUGUUGAAACCAAAGAUUGUAUAGAAAGGGUGAAACAUGAAAAAGGUUAUGCAAUUUGUGGCCUGGCAUGGCAUCCUACUUGUGGCCAAAUAGCUUAUACUGAUGCAGAAGGAAAUCUAGGACUUUUGGAGAAUGUUUGUGACUCCAAUGGGAAGAUGUCAAGUAGUAAGGUUUCUAGCAAAGUGGAAAAUGAUUACAAUGAUCUUUUUGAUGGAGAUGAUACAAGUAAUCCCGGUGAUUUUCUAAGUGACAGUGCAGUUGAGACCCCUUCAUUUUCAAAAGUGGUUAUAAAUGAUGAAGAGGAUGAUGAUGACCUCAUGAUGGCUACAGGUCAUCCUAGACAGCGAAGCCACAUCCUGGAAGAUGAUGAGAACUCAGUUGAUGUUACAAUGCUAAAAACUGGGUCAGGUCUUCUCAGAGAAGAUGAGGAAGAUGAGCAGACAGGAAACAUUCGAAGCCUACCUCUUCUAACAUCUCAGAGGCCACUAUAUGAUGGCCCUAUGCCAACUCCCCGGCAAAAACCAUUCCAGUCGGGUUCUACACCUUCACAUCUCACUCACAGAUUCAUGGUGUGGAACUCUAUUGGAAUUAUUCGCUGCUAUAAUGAUGAACAAGACAAUGCCAUAGAUGUGGAGUUCCAUGAUACCUCCAUACACCAUGCAACACACCUAUCAAACACCAUGAAUUACACAGUAGCUGAUCUUUCCCAUGAAGCUAUUUUGUUAGGAUGUGAAAGUACUGAUGAACUAACAAGCAAACUUCACUGCCUGCAUUUUAGUUCUUGGGAUUCCAGCAAAGAGUGGAUAGUAGACAUGCCUCAGGAUGAGGAUAUUGUAGCCAUCUGCCUUGGUCAUGGAUGGGCUGCUGCUGCCACUAGUGUCUUGCUCCUUCGCCUGUUUACCAUUGGAGGGGCUCAGAAAGAGAUCUUCAGCCUACCUGGGCCUGUGGUGUCAAUGGCCGGACAUGGAGAGCAGCUUUUCAUUGUUUAUCACAGAGGUACAGGAUUUGAUGGUGAUCAGUGCCUAGGAGUUCAACUGCUUGAGCUGGGAAAGAAGAAAAAACAAAUUUUGCAUGGUGACCCUCUUCCUCUUACAAGGAAGUCUUACCUUGUAUGGGUUGGAUUUUCAGCUGAAGGUACCCCCUGUUAUGUGGACUCAGAAGGCAUCGUUCGAAUGUUGAACAGAGGGUUUGGUAAUACCUGGACUCCUGUGUGUAAUACAAGAGAACACUGCAAAGGAAAGUCUGAUCACUACUGGGUAGUUGGUAUCCGUGAAAAUCCCCAGCAACUGAGGUGCAUCCCAUGUAAAGGUUCUCGAUUUCCUCCCACCCUCCCACGCCCUGCUGUAGCUGUAUUGUCCUUCAAGCUUCCUUAUUGUCAGACUGCAACUGAGAAAGGACAGAUGGAGGAGCAAUUUUGGCGUUCAGUUAUGUUUCACAACUACCUUGAUUAUUUCGCUAAAAAUGGUUAUGAAUAUGAUGAAAACAUGAAAAAUCAGGCAAUGAAAGAACAACAGGAACUCUUAAUGAAAAUGUUUGCGCUUUCUUGUAAACUGGAACGGGAAUUUCGUUGUGUGGAACUUGCUGAUCUAAUGACUCAACAUGCUGUGAAUCUAGCAAUUAAAUAUGCAUCCCGUUCUCGGAGAUUAAUAUUGGCUCAAAAACUCAGUGAGCUGGCUGUUGAGAAGGCAACAGAAUUGGCAGUAAUCCAAGCAGAAGAGGAGGAAGAGGAAGAAGAGGACUUUAGAAAAAGGUUGAAUGCUGGUUAUAGCAAUACCACUACAGAGUGGAGCCAGGCAAGACAUAAAAAUCAAGUUGAAGUUGAUGCAGAAGAUACCAGAGAAACUGAUGAUAUGGAAGAAAAAACAGAAAGAUAUAAGCAUGGACAAAGCCCAUUUCCCAAACGUACAGAUUCCUGUGACGUGCCAGCUGCUAAGUCAGGUGCAGUUACCUCUAGCAACCAAGGACGAGUAAACCCCUUCAAGGUAUUAGCCAGCUCCAAAGAGCCAGCCACUUCGAUGAAUUCAGGGCGUUCAACUAAUAUUUUAGACAAUAUGAACAAAUCAUCCAAGAAGUCUACUGCACUUCAUCGAGCUACAAAUAAUGAGAAUUCUCCAGUUAUAAAACCUCUUAUUCCAAAGCCAAAGUCUAAGCAGACAUCUGCAGCAUCCUAUUUCCAAAAAAGAAGUUCCCAAACUGAUAAGACUGAGGAAAUAAAAGAAGACGAUUCUAAAAAUUUGUCAUCUGAAACACCUGCUUUGAGUCCUCAAAACACUGAAAAUCAAAGGCCAAAGACUGGGUUCCAAAUGUGGCUAGAAGAAAACAGAAGUAAUAUUUUGUCUGACAAUCCCGACAUUUCAGAUGAAGCAGACAUAAUAAAGGAAGGAAUGAUUCGAUUUAGAGUAUUACCUAUUGAAGAAAGAAAGGCAUGGACCACCAAGGCCAAAGGAGGAACUGAAAGUGAUGGAACUGAAGCAAAGAAGCGUAAACGUGUGAUAGAUGAAAGUCAUGAAUCUGAAGACCAAAAUGAAAAAGCAAAGGAGAAUCUGAAUUUGCCUAAAAAGCAGAAACCUUCAAAUCUAGCUAUGAGUCAGAAACUGUCCGCUUUUGCAUUUAAACAGGAGUAGAUGAAAACCAUGACCUUUAAGAAGUGGUUUUUUGUUUUGCUUUGUUUUGUUUUUACUUUAAUGAAACUGGACUUAAAAAAAAAUAAUCUUUAGGAAGCUCGUAUUUGUAAAAGUUUAAGGACAGCUGUUUGUCUUUACAAGAUAACAUCGCAAUUAUAUUAGUAUAAGGAGCAGGAAAUGUGCAAAAAAAUACCAUUUCUGCAGAUUGUUCUGCUUUCAAAGGAGGAUCAUUCACAAUAUUGUUGUGGUCACUAACUUGGAAUCACUGACCUGUCCUAAUGGAAGUUAGAUUUUGUUUCUUACUGUCAGUUCGAAGAGCCAAGGGCUUAAAAUCUUGAAGCACUGAGUUACCUUCUAGGAGUUUCCUUGUUUAGUAUAUGUUAUGUACUGAAAAGUACUAUCAUCUUCCUCUUCCCAAGUGUGUUAUAGACUGAUCUCUCUAUGUCUAUACUGACUGCCAGGGACUGUGUUUUUCAAUAUGGACCCUAAAUAUUAAUUUUAUUAUAAAACUUACAUAUGACUUUCAAUUGUCUGUUCAUAUAGUCUUUUUUUU